AACUCGGCUCAGAACUCAAAAAGACCUCGACACAAGCAUACACAAAAAUCUUUAAAUAUUCAUCGGGAGUUAUAGAACAAACCUUAAAUAUAAGUUGAAGGAGCUGAAUUUUAAAACAAAAUUACCAUCAAAUAGUAGAAUAUCAUAACCAAGAAAGAGAUAUAUGAAGUAAACCUAAUGAUACAACAGAGAAACCAGGUUCCGUGAAGCCUACUAGUUAAAAUGGAUAAAACAGCAGAACGUCAGGUUAGACUGGAAGGAGUGGAACGUGUGCUUAAAAUGUCCCAAGAGCGCAUAAAGAUAGCGAUGAUCAUACCGAAACUGCUGGAGCAUCCUGAAAAGCUGAAGAGCGUGCUGAAGGGCACCUGUUAUGAGGAGGUCCUGGAACCCAUCGAUGCCAUGAUUCACCACCUCGGCAAACAGACUGGAAAAUCUAAGCUGCCACACGAUCACACCACCAUGCGAAUUGUAGAUUUCUUUCUGGUCAACCAUAGCAUUCACAGAUUCUUCCCGCACCUGAAGCAUAACCUUAACGAGAGGGAUCGCCAGCUGUUGGCCGCAUUUCACUUUCUCCUGGAGAGCGCCCACAUGCAUCUGCACCGAUCUUCGAGAAGCGAGAUUACCAAGGAGCGAAAGCUGCAUGCCAUAUAUCACCAGAAUGUGGACAUCCAGAAGAAGAUCAAGGAGCUGAAGGCAAGCCUGGACUUCCAGAAGGUAAUUGGCAAGUGGAAGACGGCAGCCAAGGGAAUCUAUCUAAUGAAGGUCGAGGAGGAUCUGGCCAACAAGAAGUGGCAAAACAAUGUGGCCAUUCAGAACGAAAUUGAAAAAUGUAAUCGGACGAUGCGUAACUACCACAAGGGCAGCAUGGACAGGCAAAAGGAACUGGAGGAAGAGUUAAAUAAUGCCCGGGAAAGUUACGAAAAGAUGACUAAGAAGAAUCUGGCCGAAGAGCAUGAAUUGCGAAGCGAAAAAAACAAAUUGCUUUUGCAACUACAGAGCAUGCUUAAAAAAUACGACACGAGUCUGGGCGAAAAGAUGCGCGAGAAUCUGGUGGCACAGGAUCAGUUUCUGGUUGCCAAAAAGAUCCUGGACGACUUUAUGGUCCAAUUCAAGCAGGAGGAGCGUGUCUACAAGAAUAUUGUGGUGAAACGGGAGGAGGAAGAGCGUCGUAUCCAGCAGCAAAAGCUAGUGAUCUUCAUGAUGAAUCGGGCUGCGGCCAAGAUCCAGAAAUACUGGCGCAAAUGGAAGAAGGAUCAGCGCAAGAGGAAGCGCCAGGGAAAGGGAAAGGGCAAGAAAGGAAAAUAGUUGAAAAACUCUAUCUCUACUUAUUUCUACAUUGUACCAUUUAUAUGUAGAAAUAAAAAUAUAAUGCAAUCUACUCAA